AUGGCGGUCGUCAGCUCACUGGCAGCGGAGAACUGUUGGCACAAAAUGGCAAUCCGAGUUUUGAACGCUCAGCUCCCUCAUCUCUCCGUGAAGCUGAUCCCAAGGACUGGCGUCCAGCUGUCCCUCAGUGCCCAGCUGCACAUCCGAGGCAGCGUCUUGAUUGCUCCAGUGGAGCUGAGGGUGGGCUCCUCCAUCCUGCUCGAUGUCCGUGUCAUGAGAAGCCCCCAUGGAUUCCCCAUCCUGAGCGUCACGGCCUGCAAGUCCCUUCUGGGAGACGUGGACAUCCUCCUGGGAGGUAGCAAUUUGCUGGGCUUCCUGAAACCCCUUCAGAACCACAUCCGUGCUGUCUUAGUUGACAAGAUGUGCCUGAGCCUCUCCAGCGUGGUCCUGGGACUGAAUGCCAGGCUGGGCACUUUGGUUGGCCUGAAUUCCAUCAACCCCAUGUCAAGCCUCCAGUACGCCAUGAUGGAAGAUCCUGAGAUCACCGAAGAUUACAUCGAUUUGGAUUUAAACGCUGUCAUUGCGCUGAUGGGGAAGCCAGUCGACUUUGAACCUGCCGCCCCUCUGCCCCCUUUCUCUCUGCCACCCCCAGAGACGGUUUCCGAUGACUCCAUGGUGAACAUGGGCCUCUCGGAGCAUCUCUUUGCCAGCCUUUUCGCCAGCCUGGAGCAAUCGGGAGCCCUGAACCUCCAAAUCGGAGGCCAGUCGAGCCACCUCACCACCUCCAUGCUGGAGCAGGCCAUCCCCUCGAUCUCAAAGCGUUACCCCCAGGCUGUUGCCUUGAUGCUCAAUGUGGUAGUCAGCAAGCUCCCCAUCAUCAGCUUCCAUGAGGGCGCAGCGAUCCUGCGCCUCAGUCCCGCCAUCCAGGUGGGCGUGGCUGAAUCCGGAUCUUUCCAACAGUCGCAGGCGCUCUUCACCCUGGGCGUGGAUCUGACCUUAGCUGUCAAGCUGGAUGUCACCAUUACAAGUCUCCAUCUGACAGUUGCCAUCCAUGGAGAUGUUGGUCUGGAGGUGGAGUCAUCCAGCGUGGAGAUAACAGAGAUCUCCUAUUUGAGACGUGUGGUCCUCUCUGAAUUUCAGGAUGCUUUCCUGGCUCACGUCAACGCUGCUCUGAGAGUGGGGAUCUCUCUUCCCAAGCUCAACAACGUCCAGUACAUCGAGCCUGAGAUCGAGAUUCAUGAGGGUUAUGCUCAGGUCAACUGUGACCUUGACUACCAGCCCUGAGCUGAAAAGAAGAGCACAGAGUCCUCCUCUGCAAGGCACAUUUAUCUCUGCUCUUUGCACCUGCAAAUCCUUUCGCUUUUGAAUGAAGGAGAGUCUACCUUUCUUUGCUGCAUGACACAGAGGAAACACACCUGGUGGUUUGGCAGCAGGCAAUGAA